AUGGGCCCUACUGAGAGGGACAUGGACGCGGAUGACGAGGUCCCCAUGGCAGUCUCUUUGACGGAGCAGGCUGGCACCACUCGAGCCACGAGGGAAAUCCCAUCAUAUCGACAGAAUCUCUCCCUGGAUGGCCCACUAAAACCUGUGCCUGUCACGCUCAUCACCGGCUACCUUGGGGCCGGCAAAAGCACGCUGAUCAAUAGGAUUCUGAACACACAGCAUGGCUACCGCUGCGCCGUGCUCAUGAACGAGUUUGGGGAGAGUGCUGAUGUAGAGAGGGCCCUGAUCAAGGAGCCAGAGGGUGAGGAGGCAAGCCCCCUGGCCAACUGGGUACAGCUGGAGAAUGGGUGCAUCUGCUGCUCAGUGAAGAAUGACAUGGUCAAGGCGCUGGAGGCGCUGCUCCAGCAAAGGGCCUCCUUCGACUACAUCCUGAUCGAGACCACAGGCCUGGCCAACCCAGGCCCAGUGGCAGCUGCACUAUGGACGGAUGCCGAGCUGGAGGCAGGGGUAUGCCUGGAUGCGGUGGUCACCGUGGUCGACGCCCGCAACAUACGCCGCCAGCUGGCAGAUCCCCCGGGGGAGGGUGCUGAGGUGUGCGAGGCGGCCGCUCAGAUAGCAUUCGCCGACGUUGUCCUGCUGAACAAGGAGGACCUGGUGAGCGAGGAGGAACUGCGGGCGGCGCACGCCGAGCUGGCCGGCAUCAAUGGCUCGGCCGCCGUCCUGGCCUGCGCUCGCUGUGGAGUGGACCUGAAGUACAUCCUGGACACCGGCAUAUACAGCGGCACGGGCCGGCUGGGCGUGGAGGAGGACCCCGACGCCUGCCGCCCCGGCUGCAGCGACCCCUGCCACCGCCAUGGCGUGUCACACGGCCAUGACUCCAAGGGCCAGCACCGGCGCGGGCACGCGCCCGACACCGUCCACGCCUCGGACAUCUGGGCGGUGACGCUGCGCUGCGAAAAGCCCCUGGACCUGCGGCGCCUGCGGCUGUGGAUGGAUGGCCUGCUGUGGGAGCGGCGUUCGCACGGACCAGACCUGUUCCGGGUCAAGGCCGUGCUUUCCUUGGCCGGCGAGGGUCGGCGCCACGUCAUGCAGGCUGUGCACGACCUGUACGACGUCGUGCCGGCCGCACCCUGGGCCGAAGGUGAGGCCCGGGCCAGCAAGUUGGUGCUCAUCGGCCGGCGGCUGGAGGAGGGGUCUUUGCAGCGGGGGCUGGACGAGUGCGUGGCGAGCUGA